AUGAUUGGUUCAGAAAGAAAAAGGAAGAGAAUUUCAUUGGUUGCUGAUAAGGGUCAUUUUGUAGUGUACACAGCUGAUCAAAGCCGAUUCGUAGUUCCAUUGAAGUAUCUUAAAAGUCAAGUGUUUAGAGAGCUGUUGGAACUAGCUAAACAAGAAUAUGGAUUACCCAGAAAUGGACCAAUUACAGUGCCUUGUGAAGCACUUUGCAUGGAGAAUAUGAUAAUGUUGAUUCAAGAUUGCGGUUCUGCUACAAAUCUUGAGACAUCUUUGUGCAAGCCAACUGCUGGAUCCCGCUGCUUUUAA